AUGAGAUGCAAAGGAAUUCGAAAUGUCUAUAUUGUGCCACAUUGCCCUUACCAAAACGGUAAGAUUGAGCGAUUGUGGCCCAAUAUAGAAAACCGCAAUCUAACAUGGAGUAAAAUUCAGAGUUGGGUCAAUUCCUAUAGCUCCAAGCCCCAUGCCGCACUACCGACACGUCUUCUCAAUGGAAGGAAAAUCAAUUAUAGUCCAAAUGAAUUAUGGAUGAAGGGGCCCAUUUGGAGACCAGGAAUGCCUGCCAAAUGGGUCGUUGAUGGAGUUACCCAAGACUUUCUCCCAGGAUCAGUACAUGCUAGAGAAAUACCAGAACUCCAAGAUGAGGAAGAAGAAAUCGAUAAUAAAGAUGGUAAAAAAGAGAAGGAGGGACAAAGUGAAGAAUAUGAAGGUGGAUAUGAAGAAGAAUAUGAAAUAAAUUAUGAAGAAGAUGAUGAUGAAUAA